AUGGGAAACGCCGGAACGUGCUGUUCAUCUGGUGGAGAUUCGCGCUGUUGCGGGAAUGGCACUUCAAACGAUCCUGGCCAUGGCCCCGUGGACCCUUUGCGCGAUGAGGUGAAAGGCAUCGAUCCAGCACCGCCUCCUGGGGUCAAAGAGGAGGGGAUGAAAGCGGAGCAGACGAGGUGCUUGUUGAGAGUGCACAAAUGGAACCGUCAUUCCUGGAUUUCUGAUGUUGGAUUACAGGAGCGACAAUUCGUGACGUACCAGGAUGGUUCCACCUAUACUGGAAUGAUCAAGAAUGGUAAACGCCACGGGCAUGGAGUCUGGCAGUCGAAGAGCUGCCAGUACGAGGGCCAGUGGAAGGAAGAUCAGCAGGAUGGCAAUGGCCGUCAGACGUGGAGCGAUGGACGCGUCUAUGAGGGACAGUUCCACAAGGGUCGCUUCUCAGGAACUGGCAAGAUGGUUUGGCACACGCAGAAAGGCAUGUUGGUCUACGAGGGUCAGUACAAGGACUUAUCGACUUAG